GUUUUUGUUUUGUGAAAUAACAUUUUUGCAAAGCGGUGUAAAGUGAAUCGUCGCAGUAGUGUACUUUUCUGUUAUACUUUCUUAUUCAUACCGCGUAUUGGGAAUUUAAAUAUGAAAUUCUAAUAUGUCAUUGGGAACGUUUCGAAUUUUGUCAAUAUGCAGUGAACAUUAACUAUGUGAAUGAAAGGGGAACGAGGAGAAACAGAAACGUUUUAAGGAAAAGGCAGAAGAUCAGCCAUUAACAUUUAAAAAUUUCUUCGCUGUUUAAAAAAUAAAAAUACAAAAAAAAAAAAGAUAAAAAAUCUCGAUCUACUUAAGAUCGAGAAUCGAUUAUGGCGACAUGAGCAACGAUCGCAAUUCUGAAAGAUCCGAUUCAGAAUUUGACGAAAGAGAGAGGAAGAAUUUUCAAAAUGUCUCACGGGAAGCGAGUAAAAGUAACUCGGAAGAGCGUGCCGGAGGAAGUGGCGUUGAGUCAGAAAAAAAUUCCCAGAGAACGUUGGAGGAUUCCCAGGAAGAUUCAUCUUGGAAAAGAAUCGAACGUUCUCAGGAUAAUUCUGCUUCAGGAACGAGCGAAAGUCUUUUAGAGCGUGUCGUUACCGAACAAGAAAGUGGCAGAGAUGUUACCGACUAUUAUAAUCCGCAAACUUCCUGGACGUACACAUCUGGGACUUGCGAUAAUUUAUUGAAAAAUUUGAAUAGGAAGUAUCUUUGGAAAUCGGAAAGAAAAGAUUCGAAGAUUUUACGGAAAAUGAACGAACGUUCCUGUGGAAGUGAUCAAGGAGGUUCCGGCGAACUAGACACUUCCGGGAAGUUAAAAAAUCACGAUAGUCCUCCACGGGUGCCAACGUUUAAUAGCUUGGCUUUGGAUGUAUCGUAUGCCGGCCUAGACUCUUCCGGUUUCCUCGAUCUUGAAUCCACGAGAAAGUCUCACGACGAUGAUCCGCCGGAAGUGUGGGAAGAUUUCAGCGUCGUCGAAUGUUUGGAUAGAAAAUUAUUGAACGAUGAAAGCACGCCGGAAGAAAGGGUGGAAGCUUUGAAAGAAAUUUUGGCGGACACUGAUAUUCACGAAGGGGAUGGAAUCGUUUCGGAUUUUUUGUUUCAUGUUGCCAAAACGAAACACGGGAAGAUUUAUAUCAGGGUUAUUAGAACGAUGCUUAUCAACCGAGUUUUAUGUAGCAGUCGGGUGAGCCAAAUGACCAAGACCUAUAAUGACAUAGAAGCAGUUACAAGGCUUCUAGAGGAGAAAGAGAAGGACUUGGAGCUGACCGCACGUAUCGGUAAAGAACUUUUAUCGCACAACCAAAAACUUGAAACCACGGUCACCAGUUUAGAGUCCGAGUUAAAGGAAGCCAAUGAAAGAAUCACUCAACUCACGCAUGAACUUUCGAAGAAGACAGAACUAAUUCAAAUACUUACCAAUGAUGCAGAAGAAACAAGCUCCGAAGCCAGCACGCCCACCGGAAUACGUGGCAUUAAUUUGGACAUGAUGCAGAAAAAGAUCAGUUCCCUCGAAGAUGAAAACAAACAAUUGAGAACUGAAUUUGCUAGGCUAAUGCAAGAUGCUGAUCAUUCAGAGGAACAGGAAGCUAAACUUGUCAAAGAUAUCGCAGCUCAACUCGCAAGUGCAAACAUGGAAGUAGAUGGAAUAGCAGAUGAACUUGAUAGGCAGAAAGAAGAGAAUAGAUUACAGCAUGAACAGAUUGUUAGUUUGACUGCAAAAUUAGCUGAAGCUGAAUUGAGACUGGCACAAUUAAUUGCUGAACAUGAUGAAAUGGGAACUACUCUACUUAUCACCAGGGAUAAUCAAAACACCCUGGCGAGUGAGCUGGCCGAAUUCAAAGAUCGAUACGCAGAGGUGGUGAAUUUAUUAGCUGAAACCCAAGAACAACUUCGAAAACAACGAAAGAGAGGAAUGCCAACAGUCAGAGGAGGAUCUUUAUUCCCUUCAAUGGGUGCUGCUCCGCAACCAGAUUCUAUUGCUUCAGAGUUAGAGUCGUCUCUUUAUUCCGAGCUCAGCUUAGAUUCUGGAAUCAGUACUGAUAGGAUACCAACUUACAAGAAGGUUUUCGAAACGGUCAGGAGCGCUUCAAGAAAUUCUUAUGCAGCUGAUAGCAACCAGUUCCCAAGAAUAGGUUCUAUGACUACGUCAACGUUGUCAAGUGGCUCUACUGGACCACGGAUGAGUUGUGGACAAAUUCGACCUCUGGCUUCUAUGUAUCCUAGUUUAGACUCUACUGGACAAAGCGAUUCAGAAGGCUCCCUUAUCACAGAUUCUGAGGAAUAUCCUGGUCCACAAAAAACUGGAGUACCUGGGGCUCCAGGAGCGGCGGACUUGGAGGCAGCUCUUCGUAGAUUGACACCUGCAGAAGUUCUCACAAGGCGUGCUUGUCUUAGCACCGGUACAGGAUACAGUUACGAUUAUGAUGCUGGAACUCAUUCACCCUCGACUUUCGUACCGCUAGGUUGUAGAACUCCUGAUAGUAUUAUGUCCACGGGAAGCAGUGGAAACUUAAGUGGUUACAGUGGAAAUUCUUGGAGAAUUCCUGAGAAAUUGCAAAUAGUUAAACCUAUUGAAGGUUCGCAGACGUUACAUCAUUGGUCUCAAUUGGCCACGCCAACUUUAGGUGGCCUUUUGGAAGAACGACCAGGAGUGAAAACACGCGGAGGACGCGGCUUGGAAGACUUAGGCCUUGUCACUUUCACUUUAAGCGACCUUGAAGAAGAUGAAGAAUACACAAACCCUGGAAAACUGUUUCAAGAUACCGGUUCCAUAUAUACAUUUACUAAUAGUACUGUACUUCAUCCCGAUGAUCACACCAGUGUAACUCCAAGUAUUGUAGGAAGUAGAGUUGCAACUGCACCGAGUAGUGCUUUAAAUUCUGGAAUGAGUACUCCACGAACUUUAAGUAGGAGGAACUCAACUUCGACAUUUUCAACGACCCUUGGACUUGCGAAAAUGUUAAACGAACGAGGCAUAAAAGCAGUGACACCUUCUUCUGUGAGAACGCCAAGUGAAGAAAGAAAUUUUACGCCUACUGCGACACCUUGCAAUAGUCCUGAUGCUAGUCCCCCAGAAAGCCGAUCUAGUUCACCAAUUCGAGACAGUGGACUUUCUUUGGGAUUGUUAUCCAGCGGAGCAGAAUUAUUGAAGAGGACAUUUGGUGGAGAGCCAGAGCACGUACAAAGGAAGCGAACGGUGAUCUCCAGGUCCGAUAAAAAAGCACUUACCAGUAUCCGUUUAGUAGAAAAGCUUGAGAGAAUUGGUAUUGAUACGAUAAUGGCUACAACAGUUGGUUCCUCCAUCUCUCCAUUAGCACUUCAAGGUUCUCUGUAUACCAGGCGUACCAUGGAAAGUCCUAUGGCUCAAUUAACCUUCCUGAAAAACUCUAUGUCCUCGAGUGGAAGUCAAGAGAAACUUUCACCUUCUUCCACUUCAAGUGAUUCGUCGUCAAUGAAACGAAAAUUGAUUGGAAAGAAACAAGACGAGUCUAUACCAAACAGAGAACCAAACCGACAAAGGAGAACUGGUGCUAGGGCCACAAGACCUGAUCUCGGACAGGUUACACCCGCAGUUCCUGUCACAGUUACAAAAGAAUCUCCUGCGCAAUCAGCUUUGGGAACUAUUAGCUCGUUUCUAUUUGGACGAAAGGGUGGAUUACUUUGAAAGCAUUGUUUAUUGUGCGUUAAAUAAUUUAUGAGAACUUCGGAUAAGGUUUUAAUUGAAGGUAAUGGAAGAUUGUCGGAGCGGUGGUAAAAUGGACAAUUUCAUAUUUUUUGUUCAAUUUGCUUCAUAAUAUUAUUUAACGAAUAUUAUAAAUGAAUUUCUUUUGUAAUUUUUCAAUUUUAUACAUAAAUUUUAACCUAUAAAUAUAAGGUGAAAAGAAAAUAGAUUACAUUUUCAAGUAUAAUCAAAAAUGUAAACCAAAAUGCAUUAUAAACAGUAGGUCAUUUAUUAUCUUCAUAUUAUGAUUCUAAUCAUAAUUUAGUCGAAUUACAAUAUUUAUUAAAUUGUAAGCAGAUCAAAUACGCAGCUCUUUUAUGAUACCUUUAUUUAGGUAUACUGCGGGUGUUCAUUACAGGGAUAUAAUAUUGCAUAUAAAAUUUCAAUCAUUUAAUGUUAUUCUUCCAAUAAUUUACAUCAUCCUCGGCCUAAUUGAUAAUAUUAACUCCUUUGCCAUCUUUACAUACAAAUAGUAUCAGUAUAAAUGAUCAGUACUAUUUCAUAAUAGUAAACAUUCCUUUAAUAUUGUUAACUGUUUCUUUUCCUUUUAUUUUCUUUUUAAAGUUCAGUGUGUUUUUCUAUACAUGUACCAGAGAAUGUUUCAAAUACUACUUUUAUUAUAAAGUAUAAACUUAUAAAUGCAUAUUUUUUAAAUCUGUGCUACUUAAAUAUGAAAAAUAUUAUUUGUAGUAAGAAAAUCGACCUAGUUUAUUCCAAAGCUUACAGUAUUAUAUUUACUUAUAUAACUUGAUAGUUAUAAUUUUUUAAACGUUUAUUUUUUCAACGCUCCGACGAUCUACAGUUAUAGAAAACGUGAACAACAUGUUUGUUAAUUUUAAUUUUACACGACAGCUAUUUCACUGUGGAUACCUUUUUUUUGGUAAUUGUUUGUUGCAAGUAUAUUUGAAAAAAAAGCCAGAAAAAAAUAUCCUUUAGAAUGAUUUAAUUGAACAAUGAAUUUGUAAAUGGUUAUUUUUAGUAUUCAUGGUUAAAUGAAGGUCAAUCUAGGUGCGUGAUAAUAAAUAAUUUCAAGUUAUUAGUUUAUACAUACGUAAAAAUCAAAUGGGAAUAGGAAAGUGUACCAUAUAAAUUAAUUUGUAUUGUGUAGAAAAUAACAUAAUGUUGUAGUUCAUACUUAAAACUAGGUAGAAUGUUUCAGCCAUGUAAUUAUGAAAUUCUACAUUUUAUUUAAUGCGAUUUUUAUAAAUGAUAUUGGCAUUUUUAUUAUUUUUUGAUAAUUAAGUUCUUUUUGUGAAAACAUUUCAUUCACUUGUUCUUUGACAUGCAUUAUAUUUUAUUACUUAACAAAUUUAGUUUCUGAAAGCCGCAAAUAUUAAUAAUUCAUACAUGGAACAAAAUUAGUUAGCUUUAAAUUUGUUUUAUCAUUUUGAUACUUAGUUAGUUUUUAAUUUGCGCGCCAAAAUGCCCAAAAACGAUGGUAGAAAAAUUACAAAAAAAAAGCAACGUUAAUAAUGCAUGUAAAAAUGACUACACAUUUAGUCAACCGUGAUAAAGAUCACUUCAUAAAGAAGUGAUAAAGAUUGUGUAAGAACAUAUGAUCAACUCAAAAUAGUAAAGAAAAAAAGUAUAAUAAAAAUCGCAGUGAAUUUUGUAAGUCGAAGCACAAUUUUUAAAGACAGAAGUUUUAGGGUGCUUUCAAUUGUGUUCUUUUCUUUUAAUGAGUUUAAGAAAUUCAUCAUUAAUUGAUCAAUCAUGUUGUAAAGUAAUUAGUUAAUUGUGAUACUAUUGUUAGUCUUUUGCAAGAGACCUCACAGUUAGUAUUGAAAAUUAAUUAAUUAUUCGUUAAUUGAUCAAUGAGUGAUUAUUGAUUGAUCAUUGAUCGAAAAGGGAUAUUUUUAUUUCCUGACUAGUUUUUAAUCUGAUAGACUGUUUGUAAAUAUUUAAUAAUGCCAUAAUAAACAUUUGUUUUGAUGUUUAUAUUUAUAUUAUGUCGAGCAGGAAUAUUUCGAUUAGAAACUUGAAUAUGAGUGAUAAAUUGUAUUAACAAUUGUAUAUUUUUUGUGAAUUGAUUGAUCAAUAAUCAGUCGAACUAUAAUUGAUCAAUUAUUAUUUUUGUAUAUAGUAGUAGUCUAGGAUUUCCCUUUUAUUAUUUUGUCUCUUUUUUUUUAAUCGGUUGCGAUUAAAAAAAUUGAUUGCAAUGUAUUGAGUGAGUUUGGUGAUGAAAUGCAAUUUUAUUAAUAAAUGGACCUCUGUCUUGUAUCAUAGAAAGGAUUGUUUAGCAGGCGCAGUCUUGUACAUAGACGAGUACAGGUUAAUAAAUAAAUUAAA